AUGGCCGAUAUUGAGAAGAAUUAUCUUCAAGUGCCCAAUGCUCACUGGUGGGUAGCUGUAUCAACGAAUGAUAGUCACAUUGUAGGUCAAGUGGGUGUACAGCCUUUGCAUCUUGGAGAUCGAGCUUAUUAUCAACAAGCGGCUGUGAAUGAACGAGAUCACAUUUGCGAGUUACGUCGAAUGGUUGUCGCUCCAAAUGCACAAAAAUGCGGUGUCGGAUCUCUCCUGCUCUCUACUUUACUCGAUUUUGCUCGACAACACGGUUAUCAUCAAGUACAUCUGACUACCUUGACCAAUAUGGGCAAAGCAUGUCAAUUCUAUGAAAAGAAUGGUUUUGUGAAGGGUCAAAUCGAUCGAUAUUCGUUGGAGCAAGUUGCUCAUCAACAACAGAAACAAGAAAACGCCUUCACCGACUACAUGCUGACACCGGUGGUGUUCGAAGUCGGUGCUGUCAUACCUGAUGAAGAUCAACAUCGGAUGAAAUUAUCAGUAACUCAAUCCAAAUUUUUGUAUGCACAACAUUUUUUUCGUACGCUGUAG